AUGGGAGCCUCAACCUCUCCUUGGCAGGCGCGGGAGGACGAGCCGGCUGCAGCCCCUGCAGGCAGCCUGAGCCUCUCACCGGCGGACUGCUCGGACCUCGCCAGCCAUGAGCAGCCGCACCCCCACACCGGCUCGGCCCAGCCCGGCCCCCGCUUAUCCGUGGAGCCGCUCGCUACGCCUUUAACGACGGCGGCUGCGCCGCGGCGGGUGGGCUGCGCGGCGGGACCGAGCGGUGCGGCAGCGUCUCCCGGCCGCGUCUUUCCGCGCCGCAGGCGAGUGGGCGGUGCGGGGCUUCCGCCAGGAGCAGAUGGGGUGGCGGAGAGCGGGGGACUGGUGCGCCGGGAGGGUCCCGCGGACGAGCACCUGACGCGGCCGCAAAGGUUCGGCUGGGAACGGGCGGCCCCGAAAUGGCGAAAGCUCCGCGCUCAGGUGAGUGCUGAGCCCGGACGGCAGGAGGGGGCAGCCCCGGGAGGGAGCGCAAGGCGCGUAGGGGCAGCCUCGGGGGGAGCGCGGAGCCCGGGAGCGCAGCGCGGAGCCCAGGAACAGCGGGGCAAGGCUCCAGCACGCUCCCCGCCCGCCCACUGGCGGCCUUGCGGGCAGCUCCGGUUAGUGUCCGCCGCAGCGGGCAGCCCCCGCGCACCGGGCACAGCAACGGUGAACGUAACUUCAACGAACGAGACACAGGUGCGUUUGCGCUCUUCGUUUUUCCCGACCGGGAUUCGCUCUGUCUCGGCGCUAGCCUCGGCCGGUGCCGGUGGUCGCGGGAGCGCCGUGCGCGGCUGCAGGGACAGUGCGGGAGUUCCGCGCCGGUGGCCGCUGGCUGGCCGUCUCCCAGCCCUCGCCGCCGGUGCCUGGCCGGGAAGGGUCUCGCAGCUCGGGGGGAGUUCUGUGGCUGCCGCCUUGUGGAGCCUGCGCUCGCUGCCGCCGGCUGCCGUGUGCCUGUCGGCUGCCCCCCGCCGCUUCAGUGGUGCUCAGUGGCACAUGCAGAACGUCCUCAAGGACUCGGUGGAGAGCUCUGAUGAUGAAUUCUUCGAUGCCCGAGAAGAGAUGGUGGAAGGAAAAAGUGCCAUUCUCAUAGGCAUGAGCCAGUGGAACUCAAAUGACCUUGUUGAGCAGAUAGAAACAAUUGGGAAGCUGGAAGAAAAUCAAGGUGAGGAGUCUGCAUUUUCCUCUUCUGGCUUUCUACAGGACAAACAACGUGAAUUAUAUAGAGCCUCUUUGAGGAAACAAAGGUUCCCAGCACAAGGCAGUAUUGAACUAAACGAGGACAAUGAGGAAGGAGUUCAACACCAGAACUGCAAAACUCAUGUGCUCAUUUUGAUCCUACAUGGGGGAAACAUCUUAGACCCUGGAGGCGGGGACCACAGCAGCAAGCUUGCAGACAUCAACACCUUCAGUUCUGUGUUUGAGAAGGUGACCCAAGACCAUUUCCCUGCUGCUUUGGGCCACAUCUUGAUUCGUCUUGUGCCCUGCCCAGCAAUCUGCUCUGCAGCAUUCUCUCUUGUUUCCAACUUAAAUCCCUACAGCUAUGAUGAGAGCUGUCUCAGCAGCAGUGAAGACCACAUCCCACUGGCUGCCUUGCCCUUGCUGGCUGUUUCAUCCCCUCAGUACCAGGAUGCAGUUGCCAUGGUGAUCAACAAAGCCAAUCAAGUUUACAAUGAAUUUCUCAAAUCCACUGAUGGGGCUGGCUUUAAUGGACAGGUGUGUCUCAUUGGUGACUGCAUUGGAGGAAUUUUGGGCUUUGAUGCCAUCUGCUACAAUUCUAAUCCAGCUGAUGAGAGUCGAAGCAGCAGCAGGAGAGGAAGCAGCAGCAGCAUCCAGGAUAAUCCCCUCUUGGCAGAGGACUCCAGUCUGGGUGGCAGCAAAGCCCUGAGCAAAAGCAAUGUUGACAUCUUGGGCAGCGUGGAGGAUGAGAAGCCAAGGCAGCCGUUGCCUAGGAAACAGAGUGACUCGUCCACCUGUGACUGUGAUACCAUCACCCAGCAUCAUGCUUUCCUCUCUAGCAUCCACUCAAGUGUGUUGAAAGAUGGUGCAGACUUCCCUCCUGUGACUCCCAGCCUCUCAGAAGUCAGCUUGGGCCGAUUUGAGUUCGAGGUGUCUGAUUUCUUCCUCUUUGGAUCGCCGCUUGGUUUGGUGCUGGCCAUGAGGAGUACUGUUCUGCCUGGCCUGGAUGUAUGCCAGGUGCGCCCAGCCUGCAGCCAGGUGUACAGCUUCUUCCACUCUGCUGACCCGUCUGCCUGCAGACUUGAACCAUUGCUGGAGAAAAGAUUCCAUCUCCUGCCUCCAUUCAGUGUCCCACGGUACCAGAGAUACCCACUGGGGGAUGGAAGGUCUCACCAGUUAGGUGAUGCUAUCCAAGCCCACAGUGCUCUGUUCCUUGAGAACAGCUCUUUGAACAUACCUUUCUCUCAGGAGAGCCCUGCAUCUCCAAAUGCAUCUGAUCAACCACAAGGGAAAACAAGGAAGUUGAGCUUGGCCAGCACAAACAGUGAAAACUCAGGGUCAACAGAAAGCUUGCCCUCAGCAUCCCUCACCAACAUUACUGCAAAGUGGUGGGGAACAAAACGAAUAGAUUAUGCCUUGUACUGUCCAGAUGUGCUGACAGCAUUCCCAACUGUGGCCCUGCCUCACCUCUUCCAUGCCAGCUACUGGGAAUCAACAGAUGUUGUGGCCUUCAUUUUAAGACAGGUGAUGAGGUAUGAAAAUGUAAACUUCAAGGAAAAUGACAACCUGGAUCCAGCAACGCUGAAUCCAUCCAAUCCGCCGGAAAAAUGGCUCCGCAAGAGGACCCACGUCAAGUUGAGAAACGUGACUGCUAACCACCGAGCUAACGACGUCAUUGCAGCAGAAGAUGGUCCUCAGGUGCUGGUUGGGCGCUUUAUGUAUGGACCUCUGGACAUGGUAGCUUUAACAGGAGAAAAGGUGGAUAUCUUCCUCAUGACGGAGCCCUCGUCGGGUAGGUGGGUGUACUUCGACACUGAGAUAUCCAACAGCAGUGGCAGGAUAUCCUACAGCAUUCCCAAGGAGAAGAGGCUGAGAGUUGGUGUGUAUCCCAUCAAGAUGGUGGUCAGAGGGGACCAGACCAGUGCUGCAAGUUACCUGACUGUGCUUCCCCGAGGAAUGGAGUGUGUGGUGUUCAGCAUUGAUGGUUCAUUUGCAGCAAGUGUUUCAAUCAUGGGAAGUGACCCCAAAGUGCGAGCUGGGGCUGUUGAUGUCGUUAGGCACUGGCAGGACCUGGGCUAUCUGAUUAUCUACAUUACUGGCCGCCCAGACAUGCAAAAGCAGCGUGUGGUUUCAUGGUUGUCUCAACACAACUUCCCCCAGGGGAUGAUCUUCUUCUCAGAUGGGCUUGUCCACGACCCGCUGCGACAGAAGACCAUUUUCCUCCGGAAUCUCAUGCAAGAGUGCCACAUCAAAAUCUGUGCUGCAUAUGGCUCCAUGAAGGACAUCUCUGUGUACAAUGUCUUGGCUCUGUCACCAUCCCAGAUCUACAUAGUUGGACGAUCAACCAAGAAGUACCAGGCACAGUGUCAAUUCCUCAGUGAAGGGUAUGCAGCCCACUUGGCCUCGCUGGAGUUCAGCCUCCACUCCCGCCCCAAGAAGAACAGCUCUCGGAUGAUCCUGCGGAAGGGCAGCUUUGGCCUCCACUCCCAGCCGGAGUUCCUGCGCAAGAGGAACCACCUCCGCAGGACUAUGUCUGUGCAGCAGCCGGAGCCACCUGCCUCCAACCCCAAGCCAGAGCGUGCCCAGAGCCAGCCCGAAUCAGACAAAGAUCACGACAGGCACUUGCCUUCCAUUGCUUGGGUUCGAGGGGGAGUUCACAAGUUUGAAUCUAUCCCUUAG